AUGUUACUCUCCGCUGCGUCUGCUGUCCUGGCCUUUCUGGCAGGAGCUCCAUCCGUUUGCGCGUCACCAACCCAACACCUACAGCAGAAUGCAUCCAAUCCGGUUGUGAAGCUCGACUAUGGCAUCUUUCGCGGCGCGUCUUCGUCCCAGUACAACAUAACAUACUACCGCAAGAUUCCCUUUGCAGCAUCCACAGCAGGAGAGAACCGGUUCCGCGCCCCUCAGCCACCACUACGUAUCACCAAUGGCACGUACGACACCGACCAGGCUUUCGACAUGUGUCCGCAACGCACAGUAAAUGGCUCAGAAGAUUGUUUGUACCUAGGUGUAUACUCGCGGCCUUGGGAGAAGAAGAAGCAAGAUCUAAGGCCCGUGUUGUUAACGUUUUACGGCGGCGGUUUCAUCCGAGGAAGCGCCAGCUUCAAUAUCCCGCCUUCCGGCUAUCCGGUCUUGGACGUCGAUGACAGGAACGACUAUGUAGUUGUGUACUCGAACUACCGCACCAACGUUUUUGGCUUCUUGCCCGGUUCAAAAAUCGCAGAACACCCGGAUGUCGAUCUCAACCCUGGGUUACUAGAUCAGCAGGCUGCGCUGCAGUGGAUACAGAAGUACAUUCACCACUUCGGCGGCGACAAGCGGAAUGUUACUAUAUGGGGACAAUCGGCAGGUGGUGGCAGUGUCGUUGCGCAGACAAUUGCUACUGGUAACCGUGGGAAGAAGUUGUUCACCAAAGCCAUGGCCAGUAGCCCCUUCUGGCCAAAGACAUACCGGUACGAUAGUGAGUGGGCUGAAGACUUAUAUCAGCAGACGUUACAGGAUGUUGGUUGCACGGGUGCUGCAGAUGAGAUCAAGUGUUUGAAGGAGGUGGAUGUACAGAAGCUAAGGGAUAGCGCAUUGGCUUUGAGUACUAGUCAGCAGUAUACCACUGCUUCCUUUACCUAUGGUCCAGUUGUCGAUGACAAAUUUCUCACGGAGCCGCUGAGUAGCGUUGUCAGCACGGGAAAACUGAACGCUGAGACGAUCAUGACAAGCUACAACCUGCACGAAGGCGAAAACUUCAUUCCUCCUAGUUUCCAAAACGCCAAGACAGGAAGCGAUGGGUUCAACUCCUCAGCUGCUUCUUUCGAUGCUUGGCUGAGGGGCUUCCUACCGGGAUUUACGCAGCAGGACCUGGACAACGUAAAGAUGAUGUAUCCUGCGACAGGCACCGCGGAGGAAAUCAGCUGGAAUACGACAUAUAUUCGCGCUGGCUUGCUAUACCGAGACCUCGUUCUGGCAUGUCCUUCGUAUUGGUUAUCGAAGAAGGCAGAGGAUGGGUGGUUGAUUGAGUAUACCAUUUCGCCCGCAAAACACGCGAGUGAUGUUCAAUACUGGAACACAAUCGGCUCAAUACAGCAGACAGAUGCUUUGACUUACCAAGGUUAUGCUGGUGCCAUGGCUUCCUUCAUCCAAACCGGGGAUCCAAACGCCCACAAGGUCACUAAUGCCACUGUUGCUGGCGUACCAGAUGUUGAGGAGGGCAAACAGUUCUUGGUCACAUCGAGUGGGCUACGACAAGGUGGGAUUAGCAUGUUGGAGGAGAGGUGCAAGUACUGGCUCCAGGUCGCUGAUAGGGUAUCUGUGUGA